GAACUCUACCUGACCCGCCAUCGAGGUAGAGAGAGUGGCUUGGACGGAUAUUAAACCGCCACAUUUUUUGCCUAUUUUGACCUCUUCCUGACCUCCCACGCCCACGCCCGCCCCAUGCUGACCCCGUGACCUUCUCCAGCGUACUUUUGACCCCGGGAGUGACCUGUGGGGCGCGGAAUUACCUCAGGGGAAGGCCGUGAAAGAUGAGCAGCAUGGAGGGCUCUGAGCCGGGGAGCCCUAACGGGGACUGGGACGACCCCGCCAGCCCCGCCGCCUCUGCCAGCCCCAUGAGUGUGGACGGUCCCGCCAGCCCUGACAGACCCAACAACCCCGACAACCCUGCCAGCCCCGACGGUGUGGAGGGUCCCACCAGCCCCUGGCCAAUGAGCCCCGAUGGCCCCGCUAGCCCCGAUGGCCCUGAUGGCCCUGCUAGCCCCAUCCCUGACAAUCCCGCAAGCCCUAUCCCUGAUAACCCCGCCAGCCCUGAGAGCCCCCAGAGUGAUAGCAGCUCUGACGGCCCCGAGAACCCCGAAGACCCCGAGAACCCCGCAAGUCCUGAGAGCCCUGCCAGCCCAAAAAGCUCCAGUGGGGCAAGUUCAGCCAGCCCCAGGAGUGGUGACAGCCCCAGCCCCGCCCCAUCAGCCCCGACAAGCCUCCAGCAGCGCCCCCAGACCCCAGACGAGCCCAACCGCACCUCGGGGCACACCCACAGCCCCCGCCACAGCCCCCAGGACCCCCGCAGUCACCCCGCCCAGGACCCGAGGGGCAUCAGGAGUCAGGCACCUCCCGGUAGCCCCAGCCCUGACCCCCUCCAGGCCCCGUCCAGCCCCGCACACAAGGACAAGGAGGACAGGCUUUCCGAGAUAUCUGAUGGAGAUUCCUCGCUGAACUGUGACCUUGAAGAAGAGGACGAGGCAUCGCGAGGAGGAGGAGGAGGAAGAAGGGAGGAAGAAGAAGGAGAGGAAGGAGAAGAAGAAGACGAUGACGCAGAAGCCCAACACAGAAAAACACAAAAAGCUGUACGCAAAAACAGAAGAAGAGCGCAAGAAGAAGAGGAGGAGGGGGAGGAAGACAAGGAAGAGGAGGAGAGGCGGAGGAGGAAAGGAGGAAGAGGAAGAGGGGGGCAUGGGGGGGGAGGAGAGGCAUCCCCCCACCCCCCCAUCAAGGGCAAGAGAAGGAGUGACGAAGGCCUGGGACUGAGAGAUGAAUUGGACUUUGAGGCGGAGAAGGAGAGCGGAGAGGAGGAGGGGGAGGAGGGAGAGGAAGGGGAGGAAGGGGAGAAGGGUAAGAGGAAGGCUGACCCAGAAAACAGAGAAGAUGGGGAGCUGAGCGAUGACGACGAGGACGACUCCCUUCUACGCCAGGAACCCAAGACUGUGUGCAGGUUCUUCAACAAGGGUCAGUGCACAUGGGGUACCAAUUGCCGUUUCCUCCACCCCGGGGUGUCCGACAAGGGGAACUACAACAUGUUUGCCCCGCCCAAGCCACAGUCCACCACCGACAAGGAGGAGGACAGCGAGAGGGGCAGGCCCCGGGAGGUGAGGCGCUUCAUCCCCGAGCCUUCCCCCUUCGAGUCAGCCUGGGAGCGCGGUCUUCGCCACGCCAAAGAGAUGAUGAAGCGGGCCAACAAGCGGAAGGAGACGGAUGCGGACUUUGAGGAGAAGCGCUUCAACCUCAGCUUGGGCCAGGCCGAGCUGGACCGCGAGAACGACUACUACACCCGCCCCGCCUCACCCGUCUUCAAGCAGCCGGAUGAGGUGAUCGACGCCUACCUGGACCCCUAUGAGAAGCAGGCCAUCCGUCACUUCAGAGGAGGCCACUUUGAGAACUUUGAGGUCCGCUACAAUGUGGACACUCGGUACAGCAACAUGCGCGGGCACGAACGGUCACGCCGGGACAAGUUCGAGAGGGAGGUGUCAGAACGCAUCCAGCGGCGCCCCCGAACGGCCUCCGGGGGCGACGAAAGGUACGUGCGUGGCCGCGGGGUGUGGCAGGACGACCGCUACCUGGAGGUGACGUCGGGCGGUGCCGGCGGCGGCGGUGGAGGAGGAGGGCGUGGAGGCGAGGCGGAGGCGUGGGCGGACCCCUGGGCGCGGCGGAAGACUCCCCCGCGCCUCACCAGGAAGAAGAAGACCUCCAGGACCCGCAGCUACUCCUCCGGCUCAUCCUCGCACUCAUCCUCCAGUUUACCACCGAUAACUACCACAAAAACACCACUCGCCCGCCAACCACCACCGCCUACGCACUCACACUCACCACAACCAACCACAGACAGCCGCAGUCGCAGUGGCAGCAAGUCUAGCCGCACCACCCUGGUCAGCCGCAGCAGCCGGUCGUCCUCACACUCCCCCUCCCUCUCGCCUGGCCCACGCAGAGCAGCAGCCGCCAGGAUACCGCCAGGCCGUGAGAAGGGUGGGGUACGUCAGCCCCCUCCCAUGCGGGGCCGGGUCAGCCCCCCAAUCAUGCGGGGCAGAUCCAGUCCCCCUCCCAUGCGGGGCCGACCCAGCCCGCCCCCCGUACGCGGCCGACCCAGCCCCCCUCCCAUGCGGGGCCGUGUCAGCCCGCCACUCAUCCGGGGCCGCCCCAGCUCCCCUCCCAUGCGGGGCAGACCCAGUCCUCCUCCCAUGCGGGGCCGACCCAGUCCCCCACCCAUGCGAGGGAGGGUCAGCCCCCCGCCCAUGCGCCUCCGCCCCAGCCCUCCACCAUCCUCCCGCCAGCCCCUGCCCCGCCGGCCUGAGCCCCGGGACCCAAGGAUGGACCGAGGUGAGCGCGUGGACCGGUUUGGGCGCAUGAGGAAGGCCAGCCACCACAGCUACUCCAGGUCAAGGUCGCGCUCCAGGUCCAGGUCACGCUCCAGGUCAACCUCCAGGCCGCCACGAAGGGUCGGCCGAACUUUCUCCUCCAGCCGGUCAAGGUCAAGGUCCGCCUCCCAGUCCAGCUCAGCAUCAUCAAGGUCGCACUCAAGGUCAAGGGGUCGCACCAUCUCCAGGUCAAGGUCGAGGUCACGCUCCAGGACAACUUACUCAAGGUCGUCCUCAGCGUCAAGCGUGGAGAGCCGGCGGAGAGCCAUGGGUGAGAAGAGGCGGAUGACACAGGGCACCGUCUCCUAUGGGCAGGCCAAGAGUAAGGCCAUGGACCCAGUGAAGCUCUCGGGCCAGAAGCAGCAGAUCAAGCUCACCCUCAAGGGCCCAGCAAUGAAGCGCCUGGAGAAGCCCGUACUGCCCCAGGAGGACGACAGCGGGGAGUCAGACACAGGCGGCCCCAAGCUGAUCAGGAAGAGGAAGGCGGAGAGCCCUCUCCCCGAGGCCCCGCCCCCACCCAAGAUCACGCCCCGCUCGCCCCCGCCCGCCCCACCCCCGCCCCAGAUCAGCAAGAAACCUCAAGCCAACAGACGCGAGGAACUCCUGAAACAGCUCAGAGCGGUGGAGGACGCCAUUGCCAGGAAACGUACCAAGCUGCCCACCUAGUGUUAGCAGUGUCAUCUUCAUCAGGGAACCCAGACAGACAGACACCAUCAUCACUCCUCAUCCUCCUUCUACACAGCCGCACCUCAACCACACACUGGCCUGAACCGAACCAGCUGACUGGCUGUGUGGUUGAAGGCUUGCACCACCACCACCACCAACACCAACACCAUCGACAGGAACUGGAGGUAGACGUAUGAAUCACCAGUUAGCCCAGCCAAAUGAUCCAGUUAGACCCUUGGAAGAGCCCGGUUGUAUCUACAUAGGCCCACUUAGCCCAACAUCAGAUCUGGUCAACCCCUCAGAAGCCUCACUCAGCCCCAGAGAAAGCCUGGUUAGAUCUUCAGAAGCCCAGUCAGCCCCACAUGAGGUCUGUUCAGCCCCAUACAAGCUUCAGUCAGCCCCCAAGAAAGCCUGGUUAGAUCUGCAGAAGCCCAGUCAGCCCUACAAAUGGUCUGGUCAGCCCCAGAGAAGGCCCGAUUAUGUCUACAGAAGCCCACUCAGCCCUACAAAUGGUCUGGUCAGCCCCACAGAAGCUUCAAUCAACCCCAGAGGAAGCCCAUUUAGAUCUCCAGAAGCCCAGUCAGCCCCACAUGAGGUCUGGUCAGCCCCACAAGCUACAGUCAGCCCCUUAGCCCUGGGUCUUGUGGCUGUAGGAGAGGAGUAGUAACUGGUGUCUGAAUGGUCUACUACUACCACCACUGCUACUACUACUACUACUACUACUAUGACCUGCCAUUUUUUCUUCUUUUUCUGCGGUUUUUCCUUUCCUCUUCAUUUCUUAGGGUGUGUGUGUGUGUGUCUGUCUGGUCAUCAUUGCCAUUUUUCACUUGACAAUUCAUCUUAAGAGUAGAUUAAAACCUCCUCCUCUUCCUCUUCCUUCCCUUCCCUCUCCUCCUCCUUCUCCUUCUCCUCCUCUAUUUCCCUUUCCUUUCCUCUUCCUCCUCCUCCUCCCCCUAGUGCUGCCUUAUGCGAGGUGCUCAGCUCAGUGCGACUCCUAUAAGCGUGGCGGUGCUCAGUGAAGGGACUCAGCACACUCACCACCACCGCCGCCACCACUGGUUCUCAUCGACUCUGUGCAAUGGAAGAAAGAAAGAAAGGAAGGAAGGAAGGAAGGGAAGGAAAUGAAUACAAGAAAGAAUUAAGUUGUGUGAAAGAGGGAAAAAGGAGGCGCAAAAAGUGAAAGAAAAGAGAGGAAAAGAAAGAAAGAAGGAAAGAAAGGAGGAGGAGGUAAGACAGUUUCUCCUCAGCUGAAGAAAAGAAAGAAAAAGAUAAAAAGAAAGAAAGAAAAGAUGAAAGAAAUGAGACUUGAAAAUUCCUCGGCUAAUGAAAGAAAGAAAACUAGAUAAAAGAGAAGAAGAAGAGUGAGUUUCAAUGCUUCAGAAAGUGCCAAUCAGUCAGUCAGUCAGUCAGUGAGUCAAUGUGUUCAGUUUACAUUCCUCCUCCUCCUCCUCCUCCUCCUCCUUCUUCUUCUUUGGUAAUAUCAGAUGCCACGAAGGAAGGAAGGAAAAGAAAGAAAGAGAAGUAAAGGAAGGAAGAGGAAGAGGAAGUGGAAGUGAAACCAAGGAAGGAAGACAAAAAAAGAGGAAGGAAGGAAAAGAAAGAAAGAGGUGAAGGAAGGAAGGAAAAGAAAGAAAGGGGUUAAGGAAGGAAGGAAGGAAGGAAAAGAAAGAGGAGUAAAGGAAGGAAGGAAAGAAGGAAAAGAAAGAGGGGUGAAGAAAGGAAGAGAAAAAGGAAGGAAGGAAGGAGAAGAUGAAAACCAGAAAGGAUAAGGAAAAAAGAAAAGAAGGGAGGAAGAGGAAGGAAGGAAAAGAUAGAGUAGAAUGGAAAGGGAGGAAGAGCAGAAACAGGAAAAGAAAGGGAAGAGGAAGAAACAAAAGAAAGCAUAGGAUAAGAAAGAAAGGAGAGAGUUAGUGAAAGUCAAGGAAAUUAAACACAGAAUAAGGAAGAAAGGAGAGAAAGAAGAAGAGGAAGGAAGGAAGGAAGGAGCAAAUGGUGUGUGUGUAUAACUCUUACUUAUCAAUACAAGAAAGAAGAUGUAAGAAUUCAUUGUAGUAUCAUUAUUAUUAUUAUUAUUAUUAUUAUUGCCAAGGCUCAUAAAACAUGUCGCAUCAUC